AUGUCGAACCGUCUCGAGAGAGAAGCCGAAGACCGCUACGAAGCACAGAACGACUCUUCUCCAGUCUCCGGCAGGGUACCUGACAACUCUUACGCUCGUGAGACCCGCUCAGGGCUGCGUAACUACGUGCCCGUGCAGGGCGAUGACCAGCCGUUCGAGGACCCGGUGCAGCCCCCCUACUCGAACACCGACCAGCAGCUAGCGGAGGAUGAAGAGGAGGCCAUCGAUAAAUCCAAUAUUCUCCGCGGUGAUCGUCUGCGUCAUGCCCAGCCACAAAGCAGCACCAAAUAUAGCGAGGGUCCCGAUGAAGAUGAUCUCCCUAAAGCAGUCCGGACCGGACAGUCCGGAGCGUCCAACCAACGCUAUUACUAG